CACAGUUUGCACCUACCCCGUUAGUUCGCCAUUAAACGACCUUGACCUCUUUUCGCUAACUUCUCAGUUUUCUGAUUUUGUUUCUUGAUAAGUGCUCUUUUGUUGCGAUACUGUGCAUAUUUUACGGGAACCAGGGACUAGACGGUAGUUAAGUACUAGGACAAGAUAGACUCUGAUUCCCUGAUGUUCCUUGGAAAUUCAUUCCAGAGUCUGGGUGCACUGACACUAAAGGCCUUGUCACAACCACAACGUUUGGAUACAGGCACGGCCAACAGCAAUUGUUCAGCUGAACGAAGUGACCGCCCUGGCUUGUACACAGUCGGAAGAUCCCUGAUGUAGCUGGGAGCCUGGCCAUUCAAGGCCUUGAAUUGAAAGUCAGCAGCAGAACCUUGAACGGGACUGCAGAGGCAGCCAAUGAAAGUAAUAGGGGAGGUUUUGGAUGAUGGGAUGAUCCAUGUGCUUCCAUGUUGUGACGGCAACGGCUGCUGUGUCAUCAUCUUACGGCCGAGGUACUGGGAUCUACUUGAGAAGCGGUACCCGUUGUAUGACGUCAUGAGGCCGAUGCUGAUGGUGCUGGAGAAACUGGUCCAGACCCCCACCAGCUUCACCAGACCAGAGCAGGUUGUCCUCCUCUGUACCGGCCUGAAGUGCCUCGAGCAGAUGAAGGUCCAGAAGUGUGCCAGCAUGCUUCAUGGAAGGAUAUUCACUGAAUUCCCACCUGAAGUGAGUCAUGUGCACAGUGAAGGGAUGUGCGCGCGAACUCUCAAGUACCUGAACGCAGUCCUCCUGGGAAAAUGGAUCCUGAACUGAUGUUAUCCCAAAUGACAUAACUGUUCCUUAUCACGCUAAAUCAGGGAUCGUAUCUGGCUGAUGGUUGUUACUUCAUCAUUCACGAUCUAAAGGAUAAGAUUAGGAUGCAGCGUCACUUCCGUGUGUGUACAGCCCCGACAACUUGGUUCAUGGAAUGCAUCACUGGGUUUGAACUGCUUGAUCCACCAGAAGGUAACGCAGACUGAACUUGUGAGCUGCACCAUCGCAGACAUCAUAUUGGAUUGAUGUUUGUGAUAUAUAACAUGUGCAAUAGCUAUUUUCUAACAAAUUAUAUUCUACAAUCUAAAAGCAUGUAUUGUUUCACUCACUACCAAUAUCAUUUUUCCUGCACGUCA